CGGCGGCGCCGGCGCAACCGGGGCUGCCGGCGGCCAAUGGGCGGGCCGCUUAGUGACCGGGAGGAGAGGCGAGGAGGCAAGAUGGAGGCGGCGAGGGAGGCUGCGGCGGCUCCCGAGGAGCUGAGGGCGGCCGCCGUGGUGCUGCCCGAGCGGCUGCAGCGGCGGGAAGCGGAGCGGCAGCAGGGCGUGGAGCGGCAGCGGCAGAAGAAGGAGGCGCAGGUGGUGAAGGAGGAGCAGAGCGAGUUCUUCAUCGCCGCUUUCACCCGGGAGCGGGAGGCCUUGGAGGGGCUGCUGGCGGCGGGGCUGCUGGAGGAGGCGGCUGCCAGCCUGCAGGCGCUGCAGAAGCUGCUGACCGAGAGCGUGCGGUUCCUGGCGCCCUACGAGGUGCGGCAGGGGCAGGAGGCCGUGGCGCGGCUGCAGAGCGACCUGGCGGCGCGGCGCCAGCAGCUGCAGCCCAAGAAGAAAUUCGCCUUCCGCACCAUCAAGAAGGAAGCGGCUCCGGUCUCCGAGCCGCGCCCCGCAGAGCCCGCCCAGGCCCCGGCCGCCUCCGCUGCGCCCGCUCCCGGCUACGGGCCCGCCGAAGGGGAGCCGGGCGGGCCGCCGCUGUGCGGGUUCAGCGGCGUCGAGAAUGAGGAGCUGGAGCUCGGCCCCGCUGAGCUGCUGCAGCGCGACGUGCUGCUGUCCGGGCUGCGCGGCUGCCAGGUGCGGCUCCGCGGCAACGCCAACACGCUGCGGGUGCGCGACUGCCGCGGCUGCACCGUGCUCUGCGGGCCCGUGUCCACCUCCGUGCUGGUGGACGGCUGCAGCGAUUGCCUCCUGGCCAUGGCCUGCCAGCAGCUCCGCACCCAUCGCACCCGCAGGAGCCGCUUCUACGUGCAGGUGACCAGCCGAGCCGUGAUCGAGGACUGCACCAAGGUCUCCUUUGCCCCCUACACCUGGAGCUACCCCGGCAUUGAGAGAGAUUUCGAGGCGUCUGGGCUGGACAGGGACAGAAACAACUGGAACCUGGUGGAUGACUUUGACUGGCUGGCCACUGAUAGGCCUUCGCCCAACUGGAGCCUGAUCCCUGAGCAGGAAAGAAUCAGUUGCUGGGACUGACUGCACGGGCUGCUUGGUACUGAGCAGGAAAUCCUGGUGUAAACGCGUUGACUCAAAACUGCGGGACUUCACCCUCCAUAUAUGCCAUUAAACCGUUGCAUUCAGUAUUUAGGUUGCAAAUUGCAAGGUGUGACUGGAUUAUUUUUUUUUAGCUGAAGAAUACGAGUCAGAUGCAGUUUACUGCCCUGCACUAAUGCUGCUAUAAUCUUUCUGUGUCAC